GUCCGCCCACCCGCCUGCCUGCGAUAGCGGGCGGCCCUACUAACUCACUGGCUGUUGUCACUGGCGGUAGCAACUUAGCAAGGACGUCGAAACAUUUGCUCUCGAUUGCUAUCUAACGCGGGUGUCAAGCGAAACCAUAUCAACACGAACCACGGAGCUGGAGGUGGCUGACCGACUGUCAGGCUAUAACAAAUCGACGAAACUACUCAAUUAUUAUAGGAAAUGAUAGACACAACGAGCUAUCAUUAGUCGGCUGUAUAACAACAACCACAAACGUAAGCUUUCAUUUGUGCCACUACUGGCGCACAUAACGACUGUUGCAGACGAUGCUGAUGUGAUAAUUGUCGCGACAACGAUUCGGAAGAGUGAGAGGGGUGCAGUUCGUUGACGGAACCCGGCAAUUGCGAAGCGGGUGGCACGAUUAUGUGAAAUUGAAUGGAAAAGUACACGAACCCGCGCAUUAUGAAUGGAUAUACACUAAGGGCUGUGUGCAAGAGUAGAAGUAGCAGCGGCACAAAAACAACGAUGUAAAUCAGUGUCGAUAAUAGGCAGUUUAGCCUGAGUUAGCGUUGCUGAACCAAAACGAUAGUUCUGGGUUCAAGAAUCCGUUCAAGAACGGAUAGUUCUGACCGACAUUAGCUUUCAUUGUCCUUAUCGGCGGUAGAGAUCGGACAAAUCGAUAGAAAGCCGACAAAAAAUUGCUAGAUUGAGCGAAGCAGUCGAUUUCGUAUUAACUUUUCUCUUAAGAUCAAGCGCGUAUACACAAACGCGCACAAUAAUAAGGACGAGAAAUGAUUGAGCCUGUGAAACUAAGUCGCUCUGACCAACGGAAUAAUAUUGAAUAUUGUCAAGCUAUUUGACAGCCAGUAUUCGGCAUUUUCUGAGCGAGUUUUGUGCUGCUGUUGGACACCACGAACAACAGCAGCAGCAGCAGCCGGGAGUCAAACUAGCUACUGAAGCUAUUUUUUUCAAUGUGAGCUAAAAGUUCACAGUACUACGAGGAAAUUGGAUGCGUCUUUUUUUAUCGCGUCUUAACGCCACCAAGCCCUGUUCGAUUUCCCUCGAAUAUCCUGUUUCCGUAGCAGAAACUUCUUGUUCCUUGCCUUCUCAAAGCGACAGCAAAAAACGCCGAUUUUCCUGGCCCUUUCAUUCUCCCUAUAUUUUUUGCUUUUGGUAUUCUUUUCUACCGUGUGUGUGUAUAUGCAUCUUAUUGAAAUACAUCCGUUUGUCGUACAUCGAUAAUUUAGUCUUUAGCUUUAUUGCUAAUUUAGCUUUAUUGCUAACUGCUGCUGCUGGGGCGGAGAUGUUGUAGAAAAAAGGAGGUAGACAAGCCCGAGUGUUUGCCUCUUCGGGGGUAGCGGCCGCAACUGGGGCAACGACAUCUCUAUUCAAUUACUUAAGUGGACCAACGAUUUUCGGCGGUAGUAUCAGCCGCAAUGCCCUGUCAGUAAGUUUCCCCAACUGAAGCGACUCUUUUAACAACUGUGACAUGAGCAACUUAAACGAGUAAAGGACGGCGUACCACUGAAAGUGCCACGGCGCUUAUCUACGCCUCUGUCUUUUACCAUUCCGUCGCGUUCAGCCGCCGCUGCUGCCAUCGGUGCCGCUGUUCAACGAAGUUUCGUAGUUGGUUCAACUCUUCAGAAAGAGGAAGAUAGACCCACAUGGAAACGAGCGCUCAGAGAGUAAAAUGGAACUAAUAGAAGAGAUGUAUGAUGUCGCUUUUGGUGCUAAUAUGCAAUCGGUACACAAGUUUUACCAUUCAUUUGCUUGCUUGUGUUAGGCCUUGUCGGCGUCGUGUGUGUCGACGAUGCUUGCCACGACCGUCGGAGUUACUACGGCUGUGUGGUGCGAAGGAGGGCGCCGCGGUAGGGGAACUAAGAGAGUGGGAGGGAACGAACACAAAACAUUGCUGCGUAUGCUGAACGUCAUGCGGCGGCUUGCGUGCCAUGUGUCGUGCUCCGGUGAUUGUUGUGCGGGGUACCGCCGUCUUAGUUGUUGUCGACGAGCCUAAGUAGUUGUUGGUUGUCCGCUUCAGUUUGCUUCGUACACAUUGGCGACGGAUGGCGGACAGAUAGAGUUCGACACAGAAAAUCCCGACGAGUCGCAGCGGCUGCACCGGCAACAGCAGUACCUUCAAGACUACUUUUAUCACGGUUAUUACUGUUCCUGCUGCUGCAAAAAUACCACUAGCGCCACCAUCACGAUUCUAUCCAGCAAAAGGCAUUAUAGCAUUGUCGUCAUCGAGUAGGAAGCUUUGGAAGGAGAAAGCCGAUGGCAGGUGUUUAGCCUAGACGGCUGCUUGACAUGCGACUGCUGGUAACAAUAAUAGAUAACAAGUGCGGAAAGAAAGUUCUGACCGCCGGGUAGAGCAGUAAGCUGGGUCGCGACGUCGGAGAAGAAGCGCAGCCGAUACCGAGCUGUGCUAGUUUAUGCCACUGCUGCUGUUUGGGUUGCUGCUGCUCUGAUGGCAGUCGCGGCUUUCUGAGGGAGUGCGGGCCGCCGACGUCGACGGCAGUGGCAGCAACGGUGAAGUGCCUCUCGCUACUACGCUACUUCAGUUGCUGUGGUUGCUUAUGCUGCUACUACAGCAGCUGCUGCUGAAUUGGUGAGAGAAUAAAAGAGCCAAACAAGCUAGUACUACCACAAAUGUAUAUCUGCAUACCAGUGACUGACUCUGUCGCACGUCCUCUUGGGCCGUGUCGUCGCGGGAACCGCGAGUGACCGACAAUGUUAGUGGCGGGGAGCCGAACGAGUCAAACCAGCUACAAACAUAAACGACGAUGUUAUAGCGACUCGCGCUCACAAGAGCCGGAAAGCAGCAGACGUCAACGACGACGAUGGGACAGAGUGGACUGAGAAACGGAUGGCUGGCUAGUCGGACGGCCGGGUAGACCACUAGUGAAAGAGCAAACGAAUCAACAGAUGAACGAACGAGACGACCGAUAGCCGCUUUUGCGGCGUCGACUGAGCUUGCUGAUGCGGUCGCCACCGUCGUCGUUGCUGCUGCUGCCUCUGUAUCGAGCACCAGCAGCAGCAGUUCUGGACAACCAACACCAACAGCAUUCGGCGACGACUACUGACUUCAAAACGAACGAUGUCAACAGAUUUAUAUAUAGCAUAGAUUGUUGGUUAGUUGGUUGAUGGCAACGAAAACAGGGACGAAUAAAUGGAUGGUAGACCAAUGCCGCUCGGGUUGUGGAUUUAAUGGUAUAAUACAUUACGACAACGGCUAGAGACGACAAUAACGUCGAUUGGUGAGAGGAUAAAAAGUACUACUAAAGUGGAAGAUGAUGGCAGGAUUGGGACAGCGUCGUCUAUGACCUGAUGGUAGUAGUCGUGCUGAUGGCGGCGGCAGCAGCAACAACAACAGCAACAUCAACGACAACAACAACAACAGCGGUGGUGGUGAUGCUGAUCAUGAUAAUUGGCAUGGUGGCAAUAUUGUGUUGGUUACUCGUGAAGUCAUACGAAAUGAAGCCACCGGUGGGUGAUGUCGAAAGCAGCACCAUUGGAAGCAAAUAAAGCUGAUAACCCUGUGAGAUGUGUUUGCGCUUUAUACCACUACACAGUUAAGUCGCUGCCAUAGAAGAAAAGUUGGGGUCAGCCCGGCGUAUUCCUUCGUUCUGCGCGGGAGUGCUUCACAUGUUGAGCGUGUAGAAGCAAUUGUUUUAUAGAAAAUAGUCGUAGUGUAUUCGCGGCGGUCGAGUAAUCAAUCCUUUCUUACCUGCGCGAUACGAUUAAGGCAAAAGGUGUAUUGUUAUUGCAACUAAGCCGAAAUGGGUGGCUCAGGGAAGAUUUUUCCAUGAUGAAGUCCUCUCGAAGUUUUCAUCGCUUAUAGCGUUUUAUCAACAACAUACUGGUGCAAGAUGUUGGUAUAUGGAACCUGGGGUAUAUAUGAGUAAACUGUAUGCAUAAAUUAACUGGGGAGAACUUUACCACUUGAUACUUUAUUUUUAAAUUACUUCAUUACGGCAAUUACGUAAUAAAGCGAAUUAGUUGACUGACGAAGAUCUAUCUAAAUCUAACGUCCAAGACGUAUUGAUAUAAAUUAGAGAACACAUAAAAAAGACAGCUAUAGCCAGUAAAUGUUUCAGAUACAUCUGUAUCGGGAACAUUUACUGGAAAUGUUCCCGAUAUUUUAUUUUGUUUAUCAUUUUUUUGUGACUUUUUUGUCUGUAAAAUUAUCAAAUUGUGUCAUGAAAUCGAGCCGAGAUACGUAACUAUAGAGAAUUGUCUGUAAUAAUUCUUUCUGACGAAAUGAAAAACGAAAGUCACGUUAUCGUAUCCGUUUGUUUUAUUAUCGAUCUAAAUAUUGUCAUCUUAAUUAUUCCAUGCGGGUAGCUAUUCUUGCUUGUGACACUCGGACUAUGUCGCCCACGUUACAUGCAUGACGUGAACGACACAGCCUACAAGACGUGUCUCCUGCGUACCAUUAUUAUUACCACUACUAGUAGCGUGGAGGACUGUAUUCGAAAAGGAACGAGUCUUUAUGGAGCUCAACGGCGGUAUCCAAGCCCGCGCGGCUUCGCAUUGCAUCACUUUUGGAGCUAUCCGCGCUGAUCAAUGCAUAUUAUGUUUUGUGGUGGUGAUGGCAACUGAAUGUGUCGUGAGUUUCACCAUAGCUUAAGAAUACACAAACAAAACGUAUAGAUAUGCAGACUACUGGCAUACGUGUACGAUCGGUUAACCAAUAUUGCCGAAAUAUAUCACUUUCCUACUAACUUAAAUAAUAAUUGUGUCACGUUGUACCGUCUGCUGGUUGUUCGUUGAUUUAGAAUGUGCAACAGUGAUCAUUCAGUUCGCAAAGCAUUUUGUUGGAUUCGAUGGAUAUUUCUCAAAACAGAGCGGCUAUGGAAAACAGGGUGGGGGUAACUCGCGGCAGUGUUGGAUUUGCUGGGCUCUUCUUAACAAUAUCUGCCGAUGUUCAUGUCGUUUCUGCGGCUGUUAUUGUUGCUGACGAUUCUACCGGGGCCGCAAGGGCGACGGCACUGUCCGUCUGUUUGACCGGGUAUCAGUGUACGUUGCUCUAGAUUGUUUGGAAAUCGGAAUAACAGUUGUCUAUCGGUAGGAAUAGAUAAAAAAAAAAAAAAAAACAGGCUUGCAUAGUCAUUCAUAAGGACCACCAUAGUAUACUUUGUGGUUGUUUGAUUUCAGCGGCAAUAAGGCCGUCGUCUUCGUCUAUAUCCGUCCUAUGGCAAAGUUCCUGCAGCUGUAGGCUGUAUAAGCAGGAUGUUGAGCGCGGGCAACAGACCCAAUUAAAUGCGAACUGCUGAUCCAAAAUGAAAGUUACUGCUACUGAAAUGACGUGUUUGGGUGCAAUGUAUCGUUAUCACAACUGCAGGUUGUCCUGCAUCACCGUGCCGUGUGGUACGACUGAUAUAUUACAAAGGUCAACUGUUCUCGCUUUGUCGUUAGCCCUAACAACAACAAUAAUAGGGUUGUUUGCGGUUAAAGCGGGCCAAACUGUAACGAAAGUUCGUUCGCUGUACGCUGCAUUGAUCUGUGCGGCAUAAGAAGAUAUGGUACAGUCUCUAUAAUCAACCUGUCGGUAAUGGUAUUGGCGUUGCGAUCGGAUAGUUUUGCCAAAAAAGAUGAAACCAACAAACUGAGAAAGCAAAAACCUCGGAGGGAAAACAUGUUCUUAAAUGCUUACGGGUUGGCUUGUGGAUGAGAGGCGCAGAAGAAAUUUCAGCUUUUUUUCUGUUCGUUUGGCCAGUGCCGCUUUGUUCCAGUUCACAUGUCGGGGUUCUUCCCGGCUUUUGCAUUGAGCCAACGAUUGCAUAGGAACAAGCUUUCUACCAAACACUAAACUGUGAAUGAAUAAAUCAAAAAGAUGUUUCUAGAAAUUAUAAUGACCGAUUCUACCUAGUAAUUGACCACCAGGUCUGUUGAAAUCAAUGCAAUUGUCGCAGUUGAUCCGACGACGCUUUCCAAGGAAAAUUCAAUUACCGCUCUUACCUGUUCGACUCUUUCAUGUACAGGCAACUUAUUUAUUUCAGAAGCAAAUUUCCUUUGAACACUACAUUGGUAAUCUAAAAAAAAAUCAAAAAAUGAGAUAACUGAGCAGAAAUCAAUCUGAAAUGUCACGUCGAAAAGGUGACGUAUUUGAGCGAUAUAGAAGAGUACUGUUCGACUGACACUUGAGCACGUCUAUAACAGCUGACGGUUUUCUGCAUCUGUCGGGUCCUACAGAGAAAAGGAUCUAUCAGCAGUGCAGGCAUUAUCCGGUCACAUGGCCUUCGUGUUAGCCUACUCAAUAACGGAACUGUAACUUAAGAUGUAUCUUUCCCGAUGCUGUGCGUCUGUUGAUCAAGAGCAGCACGUCGCGGUUGUGACUAGCAGCUCGGAGCCCAGCUCAACAUUGUCAGUUGAUCGGUUAAUACGAACGACAGAAAGGACCCAACAGGGCGCGGUGGGAAGCGGGGAACAGCAAGACAACGGCGGCCUGCCGCAGGGAACCGGUCAGCAGCCCGAGGUGGCCAAAGCGGAGCUAUGACAAGUUUAGGCAACCCGCUUCACCCGGGGGUUGCUGUUGCUACGUCGACAACAUCAGCUCUUCCCACGCCGCCGUUGCUUCCCCAUGAAGAACAUGAGGAGCUGCGGCGAAUCCGGCGUGAGGGGGUCACCGUUUCCCGCCGUGCUACGGUACGGCCACCAAUAGCCGGGGGGUCCUUAGGACAAGUUCACUAUCAACAGCAACAUCAGCAGCAGCAACAGCAGCAACUUCAUCACCAACAACAGCAGCACCAUGGGCCCACGGUAACAGGCGCUGGCGGCGGUGGCCGGGAACCGCCAGGUGUCCAUUUAAGUGGUGGACAUCAUCAACGGGCAGGUGGAGCAACAGCAGCAGUUGUACAUGGACUUGGGGGUCGCGUAAUCGGUUUAGGAGGCGGGGCAGGUUUAGGUGUUGGGGUUGUUGUUGGUGCGGCAACAGCUUCGGUUACUGGGACAGCUGUCGGUGUUGGUGGAUUUGACGAUGAUGCUGGUCAUCAUAGCGAUGACACCGAGGAGACACUGUCGAGUUCAUCGAAGGAGCCUUUGCCAGAUUCCGAUGGCGAGACAGAGCUUGAAAACCCACGACGAGCGCUAAACACAGCGGAGCUGCAUCCCGCUCAGCGCACCACACAGCUAACAUCUGCCUCUCUUCAACAGCAUCAACAGCAGCACCAAGCCCAUCAUCACCACCAACACGCGACGACAACAUUGUCGGCUUCGUCAACGAGUAAUAACAGUAACAGUACUACAACUACAACGGGACUGCUUCAACAGCAGCAGCAGCAGCAACGUCACCAUGUGACGCCGACGCAGCACCGACAAGGUCCUUCGUUCCGACCAUCUCCCUUGCAUCACCUUAACAACAAUUCGCAUAACACACAACAACAACAGCAGCAGCAACACCAUCAUCACCCUCAUCACCCUCAUCACCCUGUACAGCAGCAACAUCAAGGUGUAACAACACAUGUAGUUUCGGCAGCGGCGACAAAUCAUCUCCACACGACCACGGCGUCGACGUUAUCGGGAGCGUCCACCGUCUCAGCAGCAGCGACAGCCGGCUUAACCGCUGGACCACAUCAGCACAGCUCGCACUAUCCAAAUCACCAUCCCCAUGGCGCCGGAAUCGGCAGUGUCAGUGUCAGCACCGUGGGCGACCAUCAUCGUCAGCAACAACAUACGAUAGGAGGCCAUCACCAUGGGGUUGCUGUCCCCCAUCCACAGACGCAUCAGGCUCAAACACAGCAGCAGCAACAACCGCAGCAGCAGCAAUUGCCGAAGCAAAAGCAGAAGCAGCCACCGGGCCAGGGUCAGGCGGCGCGACGUGCGCGAGCUCCAGGCGUAACGAAAACGGUGACGUUUGCGGCCCCCACGGACGACGAGGAGGCGGCUGCUGCGCUUCUGCUCUAUUGCCAUAACACAAUGCAACAUCAGAGUCAGGCGCAUCAGGCGGCCGCUGCAGCUGCCGCUGCGGCGCAACAACAAACAGCGACAGUAACAACGACGACAGGUGGUCAUCCAGCAAGCGGAAAUGUAGCAAGUGCUGGUGGAAAUGCGGGAAGCGCUUCGCUUCCAGGCGCGUACUCGCUGAACCACCAUAAAUCUAAAGCGACAGCGGUUCAUUCCGCAGCCGCUGUCAAUACACCUGCCCCGUCUGCUGGUAGCGCAGGGAAUCUAAGCGGUCUGGCACUUCUAGCUGGUGCUGCAAACCAACCGACAAGUAAACGCGGCGGGGCAGCUUCACUAGAAGGAUUUUACAAUUAUGGGACGACGAAUCACCACCAGCCGGCCCCGACGCCUACACCGCGCAAAGCUCAUAUAGGUUUGCCCUAUCAGGACCAUAACUAUGGCGCGCCUCCACCGCCUACGCCUCCAGCUUCGCCGCCCCCUCCCUUCUCGCCACGGGUGGCAUUCGAGGAUGAGCGCGCUUUGUCAUCGCUUGCGUCACUGCAGCGUCAUUCGCAUUCAGGUGGAACCGGUUUUUCGCAUCAGGCCCAGACAUCAGUCGCGUCCGGAGCAACUGGCCAAAGUCACCAUCAUGGGCAUUUGCAUCAUGGACAAGGCACAAAUGCGCAUAGCCAUAGCCAUACUGUACAGGUCCAUUCCACAACUGCUGGGUCACAUCAUACAGGCGGGCUGGGGGGUCGGGGAGCCCGAGCUUCUACGCUUUCCCCACAACAGUCGCAUUUGUCUUCGGCGAGUUCAAAUACGACGACAGCGGCAACCGCCUCUCUAAAUCAUAGCGUUGUUCACCAUCCCCACCAUCAACAGCAUGUCACUACACCACGGGAACAGCACGGCUCGACGAAGAGUUCUUCGAUAAGCGCAAGCAGUGCAGCAUCAGUGGUUGCAACGAUUAGUGCGGUAGCCUCCGCCCGCGACAUUACCACCUCAGGAGGGAGCCUCAAUAAUAAUAUCGGCAAUAAUAGCAGCAGUAACAACCACAACAACAGUAUAGGUAGCCAUGCUGGGGGUGUUCGGACGUCGUCGACGGUGACGAUACCCCAGAAACGUGAGUCUGCCGCCAGUGUUAUCUCAGGGGCACACAGCGAUGUGACGGCAAAAAGUGCCAGUACGGCUGGAGGCGGCGGGAUGGGUCCAACAGUGAGAGAACAAAAGGGCCUGCUUAGGCAACAGAAAAAGCGGCGGAAAAAAGAGCUGGACUUGUCGGCUCAAAAAGAAGCUACUACGCAGGUACUCCAUGAGUCGGCGAAAGUUGGGGGACGGCAAAGUCGGGAGGGUCGAACAAUCGCGUCCGCAAGUGGAAUCGACGCAACAGAAGUGGGUGCAAGGCAUCCAGCGACACACAGUGGACAUGAGAACACGCGUCACGCAACGACGAAAGCUCAUUCCGAACCGAACAGAAAAGACAGGCAAGACUGGGCUGAAGGUGAAGAAAGCAUCACGAGAUGCGUUUGCGGGUUUAAUCAUGAUGACGAAUAUAUGAUCUGCUGCGAUGGUUGUGGAGUUUGGCAGCAUGUCGAGUGUAUGGGUCUUGACAAAAACCACAUACCUGACACAUAUUACUGUGAGUUAUGUGUACCCCGGAAAGUGGAUCGGAACCGUGCGAAAACAUUACAGAUUCGCAAAAAGGACAAACUGUCUCCGCUGCGGGGCGGUGAUGGGUGUGAUACAGCAGAUGUUUCAGGAAUGUCUCCCAGAGUUUCACCUGGAACAACUUCCUCAGGACAGACUGAAGACCAUAAUACGAAUGGUUUCCUCGAUGUUGGCAUGUCGGAACUCAACAACCUGCCUAAUGGCCUAGCUAAAAAACAUUUCAAUCGGCGGUUCCUAAAAACGAAACAACAACAACUUCUCAAAGGUCUUCGUGGUCGUGGAGCUGGGAACCUUAAAGGAAAGAUGAAGGAAAUGAAAGAAAAGUGUCCGCGGAACUUGAAGUCGCCAUUGUCAUCGCCUCAUGUGUCACCCAGCUCGACAGCCACAAGUCCCGGCAAAACGUCAAAAGGGGGCAAGUCGCAAAAUCGUGCAGGUCUCAAGAAUGGCAAAAUUACUGCUCAGAGGAAGCUGCUUGCUCAGGGAGCUUUGGCGAAGCUGCGCAGUGGCGGAGCUGGUGGAACGGACAAAGGGGGCCCACAAAGCGGCAAGGGCUUCCAUCACAACCUGCCGCUUGUUGACGACGAUGACGACGAUGAAGAGGAUGAUGUAGAUAACGUAGGCGAUAGCGAAGUUGGUCACCCGAUGGUCGGUGCCCAUAGACGAAAGGGGCAACACCAUGACGAUUAUUACGAGGAAACGCUAAUCAAUCAGUACACCCCCGAAGUACAGAUCCUGACACUACGAGGCAACUCGGCAGCCCAAGAAACGCUUCUUAGGAGAAUACUAGCCAUGUCCUCGGCUAAACCCUACCGGUUAUGCGACCUGGGGGAGUCGAAGGGGUUGGUGUGUAUUGAAGAGCUAGAGCCAGGUUACCCAGUGGCGGAGGUUCGUGGCCGUUUUAUGAUCAUGGACCAGUUCAAUGGUAACAAACGGCGCGCCCAGCCACACGUGUUGUUUUAUUCGCCAACGGGCCGUCCCCUGUCGCAGCAGAAGCCGGGCGGCGGCCGAGAGGGGGCGGCAUCGUCCGAUGAUGACGCAGAUGACGAUGACGACGACGACGAUGAGGAAACGCUUUGUGUUGACGCGCGUCGAUGCGGGAGCGAGGCGCGAGCCGUGCGUCGAUCAUGCCGACCGACAGCGGAACUAAGACACGUACUGCAGAACGGUUUGUUGCAGCUGUGGCUCGUGGCGGGGCCCCGCGGACUCGUGAGGGACCAGGAGGUAUCGAUCGCGUUCGAGUUGCCGCCUGCGCCGGGGGUUGAGUGUGCCUGUGGCCGGGCAGCACCUGUAUGCCCCUACGGUACGUCCGUAGCAAGCCCAUCGACGCUUUCAUCUAACACAACCAAUAGUGCAACUACGGUUAGUGUGACCACUUCAUCAGGGAAACUGAGUCGACCGGCAAAGCAACAGCAGUUGCACCAGCAACAGCAUCACGCGACGACAACGGCGGCAACAACAACAGCAGCAACGGCGGCGACAAUUGCAGCGGCGACAACAAUAACCCCGCCAUCACAGCGGCAGCUUCCGCAGCAGCACGUUAACCCGCAGGUUGGCCAGCAUGGCCAGCAGCAUGGUGGUCCGACCGCUCAACCAACAGCUCCCAGUCGUCCUAAAAAGCUUGCUCUUCUGGAACGUAAGCCGUCAGUGAAUCUGCGAACCGCUUCGCCCCCUCCGCUUACCAAUUCUCCGAUCACUCCAAUCAUUCAUAGUAAAGGAUACCCUACUUUAUCGGCUGGACAGUUGGCCCACCAAGGCCAGGCCCAGUCAUGUGUAACACCGGUUCCACAGUCUCCUGUCAAAAUUAAGGAGCAGAAAGAUUUAAAAGAACAUUUAAAAGAGCUGAAGAAAGAAUCGAAUGAGUUAACGACGUCGAGUCCUGUUGCAUCACAAACAAGCACCCCUGUAUUGCAGGCGACAGUAGGCAGCAGUGUAACUGUCAGCGUGAAAAAGGAGCCUGGCAUAGACGAGACCGAUGACAUGAUCGAGGUAGAUGAAACAGCAACCAGCAUUUCUACUGUGGUCGUGCGACCAGUAUCGCCCGCAAAGGCGGUCGCGGUUCGGCGAAGGCGAACUUCGUCGUUGGCAGCCGAAGUCGCCGUCAAACAGGAAGUUGGCGAAGACCUUGAUGUCCAGACGGAAAAAGCGGACGCUGUGGCGGCUUCAAGCCACGAUGGCGUCCACUCGAUUACGGUUCACAGUGAAGAAAAGGAGAGGGAUCAUGGAUCUGGGCGAAAGAUGACGCGCGAAGAGCGCAAGCUCGACGCCAUCAUGCGCGCAUUUGAAAAAAUGGAACAAAAGCAAAAACGGAAACAGCAAGAUCAUAAACAUGUGCCCGGUAAGGACAAGGAUGACAGACGUAGGUCAAGCGGUAGUGGACGUACAGCGGGAGCCAGUGUGGGAGCUAAUGAAAGUUCUUCGGACAAACGACCUCCGUCCACCGGUGGAGACGCUGCAGCUUGCCCAGCUCCUGGGCAGAGCAGUUCCAAGAAGGGCCGUCGCAAAAGUUCGUCUGGUACGCCGAUGAAACGUGGCCGAGCGAGAACUACUAGUGGCUGCUCAGACACGAAUAAUUCGCUGAACGCUAAGGACAGCAACGCUUCGAACGAUUGCUUUGCUCAGCCAGCAAAAUCGAAGCGCCUGCUCAUGCAGGGCUGGCUGCAGGAGAAGCAUAACGGAGCAGAGCUGUCCUCUCCGGGGGGCGAGUCACCUUCGACUGGGGCAAGCACCCCUAACCAGGAGGGAUACAACAAAGGCGAUGAGUCGGUGUGCUUCGUGCGGGAAAGCCACAGCGUCGCAAACGCGAUGGCCCAUCUACGGAGGAGCAGUUCAUUGUCGACAACGGUCACUGGCCAGGUGAGUCCGGGAGGUGGGCCUAUCGGGCCAUCCGUUGGAGUUAACAGCAAUUGUGGUGCAGGAUCCGCUAAGAAACGUUGGCUAAGACAAGCUAUGUGUGACGACGGAGAUAGCACCCCUGAAGCUCCGAACUCCCCAUCCAACAUUGGUCAACUUCCAAGCCAGCUGCCGACGGCGUCCCCAACGACAGAUGCACCAGGAUUGCUGGAGGAGGACAACCAUCACGAAAGUGGCCAUGCUAGCGGUCCCGAUUACGUGACUCCGCUCAAGAAGCGCCGUUUAAUGCGUGAGUCUGUGGACAGCGCUAGUCCCAUUCACGACUCCCCCCAUCGGAGCCCACAUGAGUCCAUUAACGAUGAACAUGACGAGGAAGAGAAAGAAGAACCGAAACGAUUGGAUGAAGAGACAUCAAACGUCGACGUGGUUCAGAUCGGCACGCAAAAUGAGCCAUUGGUUAAGCGACCAACCGUCGUCAGCACUGCCAGCGAAGAAACUCAGGACGCACCGGAAGUAAGCACAAGCAAGGAGGAACAUGAAAAAGAAGGCAAUCAUAAAGAAUCUACUCUCACAGAGUGUCCUGUGUCGAUUAUAAAAGACGGCAAAAGUAUUGAUGAGAAGGAUGACGUUGAUGACGAGAAAGACGAUGAGCUGGUUGUAGAUCUUGGUGAUGAAAUAGCCCCCAAGUCGUCAGAGCUGAAUGAGGUGUUCUGCAAAUUGGGCAUUUUUGAACCACCAAAGGCCGACACCGCAACCGACAUAAACAUACUCAAAAAGAAACCGUCCGAAGAGUCCACUGAUUUAGGCGUACAAGCAAAGAGUUGGCCAAACGACCCCAGUGACAAUUUAGAUGAAGAAAGUGAAACCAGCAAGCAGCGGCAGACAGCGGCGAAAGAUAAAUAUCUGAAAAGGGAGAAAGAGGUUAAGUUCGCUAACGAACCCGAAGUGAAGGAGUCUAGCGUGAAGGAAAAGGAGCAUAAGAUGUCAAAAGAAAAGGACACCAAUGCUAAGGAUUCAAGGGAUAAAAUUAAUAAAGAUUCAAAGACCUGCCAGGUACUUUUGCCUAAGGAGCCAAAAUCACCGAAGGAUCUGCCAAAGGAAAAGGAUGUAAGGGAGAACAAAAAGUCGGUCAGAGAGACGAAUAAACCACUUAACAAGUCGGAUAGAGAAUCCAAGUCGAUCAGAGAAAAGGAGCAAAAAUCUCCGAAAGAAAAAGAGAGUAGAUCACCGAAGCCGAAGGAAACGUCGUCCUCAAAGAAAGACUUGAAAAGGACCACCGAAAGAGAAACAGUAGUGACGGCCGUGGCCACGGUAGCCCCCGAAACUGCUGAUCCAUUUUCGCGCGCUUUAGUCAAAGAGGAUUGUCGACCGAAGGAUAAAAACGUAAAGGACAAAAAGGAGAAGCACCGCAAGGAGCGCAAAGACGAGAAGCGUGGUAGCCGGGAUUCAAAGGAAAGGAGCUCGGUGGACGAACCUGUUGAGGAGCCCAAGUCAGCGUCGAGCACAGACGGCAUGGCCCAAGAAUCGCAAGCCAGCUCACCGACCUUGUCGAAAACCAGCGAGACCGAGGGCGAACUUCACGAGACAACUGACAACAGUAAUCUCUCUUCCCAACAACAGCAAGAGCAUGUUUCUAUUCUACCGGCGAUCACAGAGGCGCGCGUGGUCGAGGCGCAAGUGAACAGUGCCAGCACUGAAAGCACUUCGGAAGACAAAGGGGAGCGGCCCGUUGAGGAGACGGAAGUGGAGCCCCCAAAGGCAACAACAACCGCAAGUGAUUCGUCAUGGGAGCAGCCUGCCCAAAUAUCCGAGGCGUCCGGAGGCGACGAGGCAACGGACUGCGAUGGAGAGGAAAGUGUGGCGAUGGAUGGGGCGACUACGCCCACCCUGGACGAGAUGGAAAACGAUGAUAUGUCGGCAACGGCUGACGAGGGGCACUCUGAUGGACGUCUCCCUGAUGCACCGGUUCGCCUUCCACCUUCCGAGGCUCUGAAAGCACCGUCGUCUGUGAGCGUUACACCUUCACCGACAACCCAACAGGCGCAGCUCACAGAAUCUGCUACUGUCGUGCCUGCACCAGCUCGUGACCGGAAAAAGCGUCUCAGCCUAUCGGAGUACCUUAAACGGCAGCGGUCAGAGCCUGGUCCGCCUAUUUUGACAGGACCUCCCACUACCAACAACAACAACAACAACAACAGCCUUCUACGUUCUCCUAUUAGCUCAGGGCCUAUCAAGCUGGCGCCUAUCUCAAAAGAGCUACUUGGCAGCUUUGCCAAGCUCGCUGGUGGAGCCGGAUCAGGGGUUAAGACCGCGGGAGUAGCCCCCAUUUCGCCGAUGUCGCGUAGCAAAAGCAUUUCGGAUCCAACUAGUCCUCUUUCACACCUCCCAUCCACUAUUCGGUCUAGUCUGCCUGCCGCAGUAACGGCGCCGCCCAUGCAGCUCCUAAGUCUAUCGGCGAGUGGCUCGUCGGCACUGCACAAGUCGGCACUGUUCCCGGACACCCCAGAGCGAGAUCGAGAUCAUCACGUUGGAGAUGGCGGCACAUCGGCGGUAUCACUGGUGGAUCCACCCGUACCAAAGCGGCGCGAACCUCUUACGCAACGUCUGCGACGUGAGUUUGGCCUUCUGGCGCCUAACGACAAUCUGGAAGGCCUUGGCGGCGCUGGUGCGUCGUCCUCCGCAGCGCCUACUGUUGUGACUCCCGGUAGCUAUACACCGCACGGAGCCGCCAAUAGCUUUCCGACAGCAACCGUGCAGACGCCCAACGGACCUCAGCAGGUUUACUACGUGCCCCAGCCAGCCAGCGGUCAGCCAUUAUGUCCAGGUAUGACCGCAAAACAAGCUGGCCCACUGAAUCCACUCAGUGUGGGCGCUUCAACGGGCAGCACCGCAGCGCGUGGCUUCAAAGCAUCUGGUCCUUUACCGCCGACAAGGCCUCGCACGAACACCAGCGGAGCGAGCGCCGGAUACAAACCAGGCUACUAUUAAAACUUCGGAAGAUGGCAAGGUUUUAGCGACAGCGACAAAUUGAAAUAAAUUGCAGUGAAAGCUAUAGAUAGUAGUAGCAAUUACGACACGAAAGUAGAUGAUGGCGACGAUGCUGAGGAACGAUGGUGGUGAAAACAAUAUAGUGGCAAAGCUGGUUAUGAUCGACAAAUAGAGAAAUCAACGGGAUAGAAAGCAACGUGCGGUACAGGAACGUAUGUUAGCUGUAACAACACGAUGAACAAUACACGACAGUAACAUGGUCAGCAACUCAGGACUCGGAGUUCUGCCAGUGUAUGUAAUCUAUUCGGCAGAUGAAACACUUAUGCCUACCCACAGGCAACGGUUCCAGUCAACUGGGGGCCGAACACACCCUUCAGGCGAUUAUGUACAUAACGAGAAGGAACCAGGUUCGCAAUGCUGGAUGCUAUGAAGGGCGAAGGUCGAAGGGAAAUACGAAGAAGAUAAAAGGGUGAAAGAAGGUGAGACUAAAAGAGAAAAUGUUAUACAGAUGACUUACGUGCGUGAUCACAAAAGAUGAAAACACGAAAAAAAACUAAAGAAAGAACGAAAAAUAAAUUCAACCUAUCGGUUGAUCGAAGCUACAGAAAACCACGUCUCGAAAGUCCUGGUCGAAUCCUGGUGGGAGACGAAGGAUCAGAACUACUCAACGCACGUAGCCGUCAUACACUCAUUCAACGUUAGAACGUCAUUGCAAAUAGCCCCUAUAUUCAACUCUUUGAAGAGACGUGCAGAGAACAACAUCCAUGACGAUCUUGGCAAUUACACAUUGAUGCAUAUAUCACAACAUAAUACAUUACAUUGCAACAGUAACAACCGAUCAGCAUCUGUAUACUAUUCAUAAACGGGACAGAAAACGGACGUACGAUGUGCGUGCACCGCGAAUGUCGUCGCGCUCCUGAGCUUGCUUCAUCUCUGGCGGAUAGAGAAAUAACGGGAAAUGAUGGAAUAGAAGUAGCUCCUAACAAACUUUGACCUUGACAUAUUAAUGCAAUGACUGGCUCAAUUUAUCCUGAUAAAACAGAGGCGAUUGCUUUUGCCGUCUGAAUACAUAAUAAUAUAUGGAGCGCGGGUACUGACAGGUGUCAUGCAGAUCGUCACACAUUAUAUAUACAUCAACAUAUAUAUAUACGGAGCAAACGUGUCCCGGCGCUGGGACGCGGAGGACAGCAAACAAAAUACAUUAUUAUUAUUACAAAGAGAUACUACUAUUAUUACAUAUUAUAUAUAUAUAUAUAUAUAUAUAUAAAACUACUAUUAUCUAUUAUUAUUAAUUAUAUGUGUAAAUAUAGUGUACAUUGUAAGCCGGCCUGGAAAAGAAAAAAUUAACAGUAAUUGUAAGAGAGCGAGAGAAAUAGAGCGAAAUGGAGGAAAACUGUUCGAUGAACAGAGAUAUGAAGUGUACUAACUUGGCGGUCGGAAAACGGCCCAGACUGGCGAACUCGAGAUAUAAGGCGCAUCAGCAGCGACGCGCUGUAAGGAGAACCUGGA